AUGCUGCGCUCGACUCGAUGGCAGGCUUCAGCGCGCCGCGCUCUUCCCUCCUUAAGGCUGGGUACCUCUAUCAACCGUCGUGGCUUCGCUGCUGUCGCCGAUCUCUCGAGCUUUCCGAAGGAAGGAGAGCAAAUCCACGGGUUCACACUUAAACGAGUCAAACAGGUACCCGAACUUGAAUUGACAGCCUUGCAGCUGCAACACGACAAGACGGGUGCGGAGUAUCUUCAUAUAGCUCGAGAUGACUCGAACAAUGUGUUCUCCAUCGGGUUCAAGACCAAUCCUCCAGAUGAUACCGGUGUGCCGCAUAUCUUGGAACAUACCACACUGUGUGGCAGCGAAAAAUAUCCGGUUCGUGACCCCUUCUUCAAGAUGCUACCACGGUCCCUUUCCAACUUUAUGAACGCCUUUACCUCGUCCGAUCACACGACCUAUCCGUUCGCCACUACCAACGCACAGGAUUUCAAAAACCUUCUUUCUGUAUACAUGGAUGCUACACUGAAUCCCUUGCUGCAAGAGAAUGAUUUUACCCAGGAGGGCUGGCGCAUAGGACCUGAGAAUCCCCUAGCUGCGCAGUCAGAAGAUUCGGAAGAGGCAAAGCGUUUGGUGUUUAAGGGUGUUGUUUACAACGAGAUGAAGGGCCAAAUGUCGGACGCAAGUUAUCUCUUCUAUAUUCGAUUCCAAGAUCACCUGUUCCCAGCCAUCAACAAUUCAGGUGGUGACCCUCAAAAAAUCACCGACCUUACCUGGGAGCAACUCAGGAAAUUUCAUGGUGAUCACUAUCAUCCCAGUAACUCGAAGAUCUUGACUUACGGAAACAUGCCGUUGAGGGAACACUUGAAAGAAAUCGACGCACGCUUAGCUCGCUUCGACAGAAUCCAGGUUGAUGAUGAUGUUAAGACCCCUAUCACUUUGGACAGCCCAAAACACGUAACCGUUCCAGGGCCGUUGGAUCCACUUGUGCCAGCCGACAGGCAACACAAAACUUCGGUGACCUGGCUUAUGGGUGAUACUGCAGACGUAGUAGAGAAUUUCUCACUGGGAAUCUUGAGCAAUCUAUUACUAGAUGGAUAUGGUUCGCCGCUCUACCGCAACUUGAUCGAAUCCGGAUUAGGCGCCGAUUUUAGUCCAAAUACGGGAUAUGAUAGUGCUGGAAAGGUCGGCGUAUUUUCUGUUGGCUUGAAUGCCGUGAAAGAGGAGGAUCUCCCGAAGGUUAGGGAAGCGAUCGCUACAACCUUUCUAGAAGCUAGAAAGAAUGGUUUUGAAAAGAUCAAAGUCGACGGAAUUCUACACCAACUGGAACUUUCCCUUAAACAUAAAACGGCACAUUUUGGUAUGGGCAUCAUGCAGAGGCUCAAGCCGGGUUGGUUUAAUGGCGUGGAUCCUAUGGAGGCUCUCGCUUGGCAAGAUACGGUGAAUGCUUUUCAAGAAAGGUAUGCACAGGGCGAUUUCCUCGAGAGUCUCCUGGACAAAUACCUUUUGAACGACAAUACCUUGACCUUCACCAUGGAGCCCUCGGGAACCUACAGCCAAGAAUUGACUGAUGAGGAAAACAAAAGACUCGCGGAGAAGAUCUCAGAGACGACAAAGCAAUUCCCAAGUGAGAAAGAGGCACAGGAGUAUCUAGAGAAACGCGAACUGGAACUACUGGAAGUUCAAGAAAAUGCCAGAAAUCAGGACUUGAGUUGCCUUCCCACAGUUCAUGUUACCGAUAUUCCUCGAGAAAAGGAGCGAAAGCCCCUUCGACAUAGCAACCUUGGAGACGUUAAGGUACAGUGGCGAGAGGCCCCUACGAAUGGACUUACCUAUUUCCGGGCUGUUCACGCCCUCAAAGAUCUACCGGAUGAGCUACGUGAAUUAAUCCCAUUAUUCACAAGUGCGAUCAUGCGCCUAGGAACUCGAAACAAGACGAUGGAGCAACUAGAGGAGAUGAUCAAAUUGAAGACUGGUGGCAUCAGUGUCGGAUAUCACUCAUCAUCAUCUCCGUUAUCGUUGACCGAUUACUCCGAAGGGUUGUCCUUCUCAGGAUUCGCACUUGAUCGCAAUGUUCCGGCCAUGUACGAGCUAUUGCGUACCAUCAUCCUGGAGACGGAUUUUGAUGGCCCGGAAGCGGAAAAGAAGAUUCGCGAACUACUCCAGAGCUCUGCGAGUGGUGCAAUCAACUCAAUUGCUGAAUCUGGACAUUCAUUCGCCCGCAUGUAUGCCGAGGCAGGAUUGUCUCCUGUUGGCCGAUUGAUCGAACAGACUGCAGGAUUGACCCAGAUCAAAUUGACCACAAGCCUUGCCUCGCGGCCUCCUACAGACUCAUUAAGUGACGUUAUAAAGAAACUCAAAACCAUCCAGGCUUUCACAAUUGCCAAUGGCAACAGGCUUCGAGUCGCUCUAACUUGCGGCAGUGAAAGCUCCACCGAGAACCAAGAAGCCCUUCGCCGUUUCCUGGACCGCCUGCCUUCGGAUGUGCCUGUGCCAGCGUCCACACCACAGGCUCAAUACCCCAGGAACUCGAAGUCAUUCUUCCCCCUCCCGUAUCAGGUUUACUACUCUGGUCGUGCCGUUCCGACAGUGCCGUACGUAGAUGCCCAGGGCGCUCCUCUCGAGAUUCUCUCGCAGCUCUUGACUCACAAGCAUCUUCAUCAUGAGAUCCGUGAAAAGGGAGGUGCUUAUGGCGGUGGUGCAUACUCUCGCUCUCUCGGAGGGUUGUUUGGCAUGUACAGCUACCGCGACCCGAACCCACAGAAUACGAUGAAGGUCAUGAGUGAAGCAGGAGAAUGGGCUCGUGACCGUACCUGGACGGCGCAAGACCUCGAAGAAGCCAAGCUGAGUGUCUUCCAAGGCUAUGAUGCGCCUCAAACAGUGAGCCAAGAGGGUAUGCGUUUGUUCCUGUCCGGUAUUACGGACGACAUGCUGCAGACAAGGCGUGAGCGCCUACUAGACGUAGCAGCGCACGAUGUCCAGAGGGUCGCUGAUGAAUUCCUUGUUAAACGAGCCCAAGAAAGCAGCAUAGCCGUUCUUGGAGAGAAGAAAGAUUGGGUGAACGAGGAUAACGAUUGGGAACUUAGGGAUCUAGGAAUGGCCGAGAAGAUCGAAGAGAUGGCCCAACAGCAACAGGUGCCAGAAGAUGCGGCCACGGCAUAA